CGGCGUGGCGCUUCCGGCGUGCGCAGCCGCGUUGUCGGCGUCCUGGUCGCGGAGGGGCGUGCUGUGCGCUUGGCGGGGAUGUUCCCGGCUGUGGGUGCUGUGGAUGAGGAAGAGGAGCCGGCGGAGGAGGACUGCCCGGAAUUGGUCCCCAUUGAGACGAAGCUAAGAGAGGAGGAGGAAAAGUCUGGCCCCGGCGCUAAGAUCCCAGUCACAAUCAUCACCGGGUAUUUAGGUGCUGGAAAGACAACACUUCUGAACUAUAUCUUGACAGAGCAACAUAGUAAGAGAGUGGCGGUUAUUCUAAAUGAAUUUGGGGAAGGAAGUGCAGUGGAGAAAUCCUUAGCUGUCAGCCAAGGCGGAGAGCUCUAUGAAGAAUGGCUGGAACUUAGAAACGGUUGCCUCUGCUGUUCAGUAAAGGACAAUGGCCUUAGAGCUAUUGAGAAUUUGAUGCAGAAGAAGGGGAAAUUUGAUUACAUACUAUUAGAGACCACUGGGUUAGCAGAUCCUGGUGCUGUAGCUUCUAUGUUUUGGGUUGAUGCUGAAUUAGGGGUUGAUAUUUAUCUUGAUGGUAUCAUAACUGUUGUGGAUUCAAAAUAUGGAUUAAAACAUUUAGAAGAAGAAAAACCUGAUGGCCUUAUCAAUGAAGCUUCCAGGCAAGUCGCUUUGGCAGAUAUCAUCAUCAUUAAUAAAACAGACUUGGUUUCAGAAGAGGAUUUAAGCAAAUUAAGAGCAGCCAUUAGAUCAAUAAAUGGACUGGGAAAAAUUUUAGAAACACAAAGAUCAAGAGUUGACCUCUCUAAUGUAUUAGAUCUUCAUGCCUUUGACAGCCUUUCUGGAAUAAGUUUGCAGAAAAAACUUCAGCAUGUGCCAACAACACAGCCUCACCUUGAUCAGAGCAUUAUUACGGUGACAUUUGAAGUACCAGGAAAUGCAAAGGAAGAAAGUCUGAAUGUAUUUAUUCAGAAUCUUCUGUGGGAGAAGAAUAUAAGAAACAAGGAUGAUGACUGCAUGGAGGUCAUACGGCUAAAGGGGCUGGUGUCGAUCAAAGACAAAGCAAAGCAGGUGAUUGUCCAGGGUGUCCAUGAGCUCUAUGAUCUGGAGGAGACUCCACUGAGCUGGAAAGAUGACACCGAGAGAACAAAUCGAUUGGUUCUUAUUGGCAGGAAUUUAGAUAAGGAGAUCCUAAGGCAACUGUUUGUAGCUACUGUGACUGAAGCAGAGAAGCGGUGGACAACACAUUUCAAAGAAGAUCAAGUUUGCCUAUAACAUUAGAAGCAUCACAGAAAUUAGGUGAUAAAUCAGGAGUAAGUUUCCUACUGAGUGUAUUUCAAGCAUUUCUUCUAUGUAUUUCUUCUGCUGUGGAUUCCAGUGUACUUUAAAAUAGUGUUUAUUUUAUGGAACACAUAAGAUGUAGUAAGUACUUCAAACAUUUGACAUUCAUACAAUAAAAUUAAUGUCUUCUGAAUUGC